CCGGGGCGGCGCAGACCCCCUCAGUCACCGGAUCGGCGGCAGCUGCUCGGCCCCCGGUGCUAUUUUCACCCAGAGGAUAAAGUGAUGUGCAGCAGCCGGCCGCCCGCACGGCCCCCCCUGCAGCCCCAGUCCGAGCCCAGCGCCCCCAGGAUGAGGUCCAGCGGCCGUGAACGCACCACGCAGCCCGACGGCUUCACCUCCGACCCGGACGACCUGGACAGCGGCGGCUCCGACAGCUCCGACCGCCUGUCCGCCGCGGCCGCCGGGGAGGACGAGGAGGAGGAGGACGCGUCGCUGCGGAGGAGGAGACGGCGGAGGCGCGGCAGCUGCGGCGGAAGGAGGAGAAGCGGCGGCGGAGACGCGCGUGUGCCCGGCGUCAACAAACAGAGACAGGCGGCCAAUGCGCGCGAACGAGACCGGACUCACAGCGUGAACACGGCCUUCACGGCCCUCCGCACGCUCAUCCCCACCGAGCCCGCCGACAGGAAGCUGUCCAAGAUAGAGACGCUGCGCCUGGCGUCCAGCUACAUCUCCCACCUGGCCAACGUGCUGCUGCUGGGGGAGGACAGCCGCGACGGACAGCCCUGCCUCCGCUACCACAGCAUCCUGCACGGCCCCGCAGCCCUGAGCGCGCCCCCGCUGCGGCCCAUCUGCACCUUCUGCCUCAGCAACCAGAGGAAACUGCUCAGAGACGGAGGAAAACACUCAGCUGCCAUGUGAGGCCAAGCUGCCAAGUUCACCUCCAGGUUGUUUACAUGUAGAAAUGUGCUGUUAAAUGUGACUGUAGGACUUUGUACAUAUAUAAAUAUAUUUAUUUUUUGGUUAUAAGGAUAGAAAACAGAAAACUCAACACUGAAAGCACUUUCUGGUCAAGUUUGUGUGCUUCUGAACCUCUGUGUUUUGGUUCAGUCGUAACCUGAGCCGAUGUGUAAAGUUGCACCUGACGAGGGGCUAUUUUGGUCCCACGAAUAGUAUAAACCCCCACUAGCUAACCACAUGUCCGACUCCUAUAAAAAAAAAAAAAAAAAAAAGAAAAAAAAAGAAAAUAGCCUUGUUGCCUUCAGUCAAAUGAAGGAGUGAGGAGCAGCUACUACAGUGGUUGCUGUUAAGUGGCCUUCAAGUGCUGUUGUGAAAAUCACGAUUACAACGGGGGCACUUUAAUAGGGGCAUUAAAAAUGAUCUCUGACCUUUAGUGAUAGGAAACAUAGAGAACACCUCCUAUCAGCUGCUGUUCAGAAUCUCAGGAAUCAGAAAAUUCCCACGUUCCCUCAAGUGUUUACAGCCCUAACACCAACUAGAUGUGUUUGUCAAGUCAUGACAAAAUGCAUUUGGCACCUUUUUAUUUUCAGCGACACUUAAAGUUAACAUAAACCCCAAAAACUAAACAUCUCUGUGGAGCUAAUUUCAUGCCAAAACUUAAACAAAAAUAACCCAUGUUAAAAAAACAUUAAAAAGUCAAUUCAUACAAAAUGUACCUGAGUUAUUCCACCAUGUCUCUAUAUAUGUAACAGCAUAAUUUAAAUGAUGUAUUACAUUAUAUAUUUUUACUCUUCUCUAAAAUACUGUUUUGGUUUUCAUAAAUCUUUUUAUUGAUAUUUGCAUUCAGUUUUAUCACGUCUGAAGUCUAUGCUGAUCAACGUCCACAACAACUCAAACCUCCGUAAUAAUUAAUAAAGAGUAUAGUUCAUUUGGGGCACAUUUUCAAAAAGUUGACUAGUUUUUCUUCAAGGUUUAACUUGUGUUGGUCUGUGUAAAAAAAAAUGCAUGUGUAAAAAAAAUUUAAUAAUAGAAAAUGGAAGUGAUGUAAUUAAACAUGAGCGAAGAAAAUAAUAGGAAAUUUAAAUCUACUGUUAUUAACAAAAUCCAAUAAUGGACUAAAACGUCUAAACCAGUUUUUUGUUUUUAAAAAAAAAAUAUUUCUGAAGUGCAUGUAAACGCAUCAGAUCUGAUUUUUACAAUUAUCUGAUUACUAACAGUUAUCUGAUUUUUUAUUUUGAUGUAAACGGGGUCAGUGUUGAUUCUGAGCCUCAGGGUAGAUUUAUUUUACCCGGCAACACAAGAUGCUGAAAUAUGAUUGGACGAACACUCUAACAUACAAAUAAAAUAACAGAAGCUGUGAAAAUCAAGAGAAAAAAUACAAAAUAAAGAGAAUAGACUAUUGGAAAUAAUUUAAUACAUCUUCAUGGAAUAGAUAUAAAUUUGGAGGUCAGUGACUCUGCUUUUUUAGGUCAUGACCUGAUGAAACACCACUGAUCCUUAUAUAUUCACAUGUAUUACACACCCUUAUAGACUAAAUAUACACUGUUUGGCUCGCUCCAUCCUGUUAUGCAACAGCAUUAAAAAUAACUCUGAUGUGUUUUGGAAAGUUGUGUUCAUCAGUAGAAAGUCCACUUACAUCUAAUUUCAUAAAGUUGCUGAUUUCUCAAUAAUUCUAAUAGAACUAUUUGGAUAAUAACACAUUGUUUUUUCGUGUGUGACUCACAACAAAGGCUAAUCUCUACUUUACAUGGAUGUUUUGGCAAGAAAUUAGCUCUAUAUGCCCAAUCCCUUAUAACUGAAGGUGUUCCAAUUCAGUUUUCGUAGCAGCAAAUACUAGAAAAUCCACUCCAUUACAGGUUCAAGACUUUUGAUUUACAUUAUAUGUUUAAUUUUCUACCAAGGUGUUCAGUUCAUUCAGAGAAAUCUGAGUUUUGAGUCAAAAUGAGUUCCUUCUUUUGUUAUCCCCCAUAUGUGCACCAAGGGAAGUCAAAAAAUGGGUUUCCCUGCAAUGAAUAGAAUAUGAAUAAAAACCAGUACAUCAGAGAAUAAGACCAGAAAUAAAAGUAGAAUCAAAUAAAAAUGACGUAAAAUAUUAAUAGAAAGAAUAUUAAUUAUAUUAACAGUAUGUAUAUCUGUGAACAAGUCUAUAUAAUAGUAGUGCAUUUAUGUAUGUGAUAAAUAUCUGAUAAAUAUUUCAUUGUUAUUGCAAGAACAGAGGGUUAUUGCAUUUCUUAUUGCACAUAAUUCACAUUAUACAGGAUUAUUGCCAGUGUUGGGGGUAACAGAUUACAAAGUAAUGGAUGACUGUAAUUUCAUCGCUUUUAUGGGUAACGAAGUAAAGUAAUGUACUACACCAAGCAUACCAAUAACUAAAUUGCAUUUAGUUUUGCAUUUAGUCUAAUUAUUGGACUGUAGGAAUGUGAUUUCUUGCAUUACUUAAGCCAGGUUCCAGGGACUGUUUCCGAUGUCACGUUCCCCCAUAAUAUUUUUGUACUUCUGGUGUUUUUGCACAUGCGCUACGUGGGUAAAUUUGGUACAGCACACAGCAUGCUGGUUUUACACUCGUAUUAUUUUUACCUUAUUAACAAUGUAAUUUUGAAUAUCCAAAAAAAAGUGAAAUUGACUAUAGUAAAUGAUAAAUAAAUGUACGAAACAUUUCACCACUGGAUCUUUUCAUUGAAAAGAAUGCGGUUACGCAUGACUGGCGGUUUAGAGCAUGUGCAUAAUUAUUAAGAGGAAAAAGAAUAUGGGGGUAAAAAUAUAUGUGACUCUGGGUUCUGGUUGGAUUUAUCUGUGAGACGGCCUUUUUCUUUAAUAAUUGUAUUUAUUAUUUAUUUUAUUUGCUGUUCUUAUAUGGCUUAGUAUUAAACAACUUUAUACAACAUACACUAUGUUGAAAGAUUAAGUUCUGAUUCAAAAUUGAAAAUAGAAUGACUCAAAGGUCAUUGUGUUUGUUUUAUAUAUGGUAAAUUUGAGCAUCUAUCAAUUACAAAACUGAAAAGUAAAGUAAUAAGUAGCAAAGUUACUUUUCAAAUGCAGUAACUAGUAAAAUAAUCUCAUUAAAAUUUAAACAACUUGUAACAAGUGACUAAUUAUUUUUUUGGAGUAGCUACCCCAACACUGGUUAUUGCCCACUAUUGGGAGUGAUUGCAUGAGGAUGCAUUGAGGGCAGUGAUUGUAGAAGAACAGCAGAGUUAUUACUUUUUGCUGAUAAUGGUUUUAACUCAGACUGUACAUGAAAUGAUGAUUUCUGUUGAGGAACUUCUACAUUUUGACUCAAACUCAAGAUGAAACACUUCGGUUCUUGUAUUUGCAGUGUGGUGAAAUGUUUACUUAUGCAUUGUUGCACAAUCUCUGUAUCACUUUAAACACAGAACUGUGGUGUUUUGUGUGCACAUGAAUGCGGGAUGCCCUUUGCAUGGCAGGUGCAAAAGUUUACCUUUUGUCCUUAGUGGAAAAUAUAAUGUAAUCAUUUUACAAUCCACUUGACCCCUGGGUAUGACACAGCACAGACAGAUGAAAACUAUGUUGUACACUACCUCAAAGUGUUUUCACUACGAAGGCCUACCUCUAAAUCUACUGUGUGAUGUACUUGAAUACCUGAUGAACUGUCCUUUGCACAUCAAAUACUGAGAAGCUGCUUCAUAAAAACAAAAAUGUAUUUUUGUACAAUAAAAAAAGA